CCCGACGUGACUGCCACAUCCAUGCGUAUCCGGCGGGGUAUGUAGUCUGCCAGCUGCUCGCUCAAGAGAUACUCGACCUAGUCUCGCCUGUGCAAGGCCACACCCACCCUUGACAGCCCCUCAAGCGUCGUCAACUUGAAGGCACCGGCCUGAGCUUCUACCUACAGGAUUUAAGAAACGGGAAUAAUGCUGCAUUUGAUCCACGCCAUAAUCAGAGCCCUGAGGUGCCUGCGUGGUGCCCUGCUACUCCUCGAGUACUGGGGCUACCUGAGGUUGAAGCCAUUCAGCUGGCGCGGCAGACCAAGCAUCCGGGUCUCCGACGAUGUCACUAUUGUCUGCAUAACCCUCGGCACCGAAACAAACUAUCACGAUGUUGUCUAUCGAUGGCUGGCCUGCGGCCCCAAGGAGGUCAUCAUAGUCACCAUUGACGCCCGGCUCCCGCAAAUAUCCAGGCUUGCCGACAGAAUCGGCGACCCGAGAGUCUUGGUCCAUUCUGUCCCCAAGCCGUCGGCGCGGCGACAGUACUACGAGGGCGUCCGCCGAGUCCGGACUCCAUACUUUGUCAUUGCCGACGACCGCUCGCUGUGGUCUGGCGGAACGCUCGCCCGCAUAGUCCAUCCUCUCCACGACCCCGGCAUCGGCGGCGCCACCGGGCUGCAGAUUGUCGGCCCGGCGAUCCAGGCGGGCCUGACAGCGUGGGAGAGGUUCGGGAGCCUCAACCUCGUCCGGCGCAACAUCAUGCACUCGGCGCUGGCCUACUUCAACCGGGGCCAGGUCCUCAAUCUCUCGGGCCGCCUCAGCGCGCUUCGGACCAGCGUGUUUCAAAACGACGAGUUUUACGAUUUUUUCCUCAACGAGAAGUGGCUGGGGAACCCCGUCACGACCGGCGACGACAACGCCUUCACCGUCUGGUGCGUCCGGCACGGCUGGCGUACCUGGUUCGAGACCUCGGACGAGGUGCUUCUGGUCGCCAAGGUCAGCCCGAGCUCGCUCUACCUCAAGCAGCUUUUGCGGUGGCAGAGGGACACCAUCCGAUGCUACGUUGCCGAUCUCGUCUUCAGCGUCAAGAAAUGCAAUGCACGCCAUCUGCUCCGGGCUGUGUUGAACCUCUUGGUAUACUACAUCACCGACGCGGCCACGCUCCUGGAGAUGCUGUUUCUCCUGGCCGUCGGAGUUGGGUGGUUGAGAGACAGGCACGUGUCUCCGCUCCAAUAUGAGUGCCUCAACCCUUUCUGA